AUGCCAGAAUUGAGUGACCCGCUUUCUCUUCGCGAAGGGCAGCAGCGGAAUUGUAGCAGUGACAGCAACGCUGCUGCUCUCCAAUCGAAGGGGAUUCGGACUCCUGGACUGGAGUUUCCCCGCACUCCGCUCGCCGGGGAACCCGCGUGUGUGCGUGUCUCCCCGCCUGCUGGUACUUCGGCCGGUGUUGUUCCGGUUCCUGCGUCUUCGUCAGCAUCAUUCGGUGGUGGCGAUUCCAUACAGUGGUCUACGCCCUUGCUUCCCAUUUCUCCUGAGUUUACCAAUCAUCAUGAACAACAACAUCAUCAUCAUCAGCAGCAGCAGCAGCGAUCCGUAUGCUGCGCUAGUCUUGGCGCUGGCACCAGUGGUAUUAGCAGUGUUUUGUGCCCACCUGACAUUAGGGACGAGGGUGGUGGCGACAACGUUCGCCACCUCCGCGUCCCUUUUACAGAUGCGGAAGCAAUGGAUGAGGCUGCGAUGCUCCACUUACUUAGGGGAAGUAGUAGCAGCGAUGAUGAUGGCAACGACAAUGACGACGACGACGAGGAAGACGCUGUCUAUAUGAGGCAACAACAGCAGCCGCACAUGUUUGACGUGGCGACGGUGUUGCCAACAAAUCUUGAUGUGUACCACUGUGCUGGAGGGUACUGGGAUUUGGAGGGGCCCCGUGCAGCUACGCGGCGUUUCUUGCGCCGUAGCACACCGUCCAUUGCAUCCUUCACCCUGACCGCGAAUGGGGGCAGCUCCUCCGCCCGUGUUGUCGGCAACGGCGCUGCCACAGACGCUGGUAUUGACUCCGAUGAUGACGAUGACCUGUGGGAAAUGAACAGCAGCGCCUACGCCGACAGUCUGGAUGAGGCACAGGUGGAAUGGAUCGAGCAACAGCUGCACGCGAAGGAGAAUCCCGAGGGUUUCUUCUUCUAA